AUGGAAUUACAAGAUUCCGAUGAUCCGAUUGUUUUGCAACCAGCAGAAGACCUCGACUCAAAGAAAGCUCUCUGUUACCAGUUCCUACAUUCGUUAUACUCGCAGGAGUAUAUGAAAAGACAACAUCUCACAAAAACUUUAGGAUUCAAGAUGCACGAGCUUUGGAAGAAUUGGUACGAUGGCUCUCUUGAAGACAUUGGAAACCGCUUGAAAAAGCUUGGUUAUUGUUGA